CUCCACUUCCGGUGCACAUCCGGGUCGUUCAAUUGACUUGAAUAUAUGGCCGCUUUGUGAAUUGAUUGUGUGCAUCCGCAGACCUACCCCUGACGAUCAGUGUAACCAUUUGACCAAGAUAACACGGCUCGCGUGUGCAGCCGUUGCUUCUCCAGCCCCGCAGCGACGUCAUUUGCUAGCCCUGGCUUGUCCCUGCCUUACAUCGCGAACUGCAACACAAUCAAUCGCCUUUACCUGUACUCCUUACACCACACCAAAUAACGACGCCAAAGAACUACACGAUGGCAACCAACGCGCCCACUUUGAUCAAUCUGCCACCUCCGCCGUCGGAUCCAGCAACUCCUAGCGAGAUCCCGGGUACGCCGAACUCAGCCACUACGACCAUGUCAGAGCUAUCUACAGUGGCUAUCAAAGAUGGACAUCGCGGUCACUUUCCUCACCACCAUCAACCUGGUGAUGCUGAGCGAGCGGAUCGCAUCUCGCGCUUGGCAGGUCUUGAACGCAUUGGCGUGAGCGGUCGGACUUCCCAAGGCCUCGGCCCAGGAAGUGCCGCCAACCCACCGCCCGGCUACUUCGAUUCGAACAACCAGCCACAGAUAUUCCGUGAGAGGAGCACUGUCGGUAGCGCUUCUGCCACCGGUAGCGUAGGUGGUCGCACGACCUGGGCAAGCGGCAGCGAUGGCGGUGCCAACGAGCCGGAUCGCAUGAGCGAAGAUCAGACUGAGGAGACAUCCAGUGUGGGCGGAUUCAGUGACGAAGCCUCCCUUGUUGGCUUUGGUGAGGGCGCCAGAACACCUGCCAGGCAGCUCAGCCAGCUAGGUAGCCCCGCUGUCAGCAAGGCAAGUGCUGUGCCCGGCUAUCUUAGAGAACAAGGCCAGGCUAGUCCAUUGGCAGGCGCCAGCGUCGCCAGCUCGGGGACCACACAAACGACGUCGAGCGUAGAGCAGCAGCGACAACAGGCCCGCGCGCUCGAUGGCCUAUCAUUCGACGAGGGUGAGUCAGCGAACCGUACCCAAGGUCCUGGCCAGUCGUCCACAGCACAAGAUGUCAUCCGUGAACGCAUGCGUCAGCAGCAAGCUGGACAGGAUGCAAUGGACUACGAACAGUCCAGAGAAAAUUAGGAGUGUCUCGUUUCUUUACUCUCGCGCAAAUCCAUUGUGAGCGUUUUCAGAAAAUAGUCAGGGGAAGGAUUCUAGAGAGGGGGAGGAACGGUGGCCACGGCUGGGAAACGACAACGAAACAGAAUGAAUUUUUCAACGAAUGCAUGAUAAAUGGAUACUGCACUGAAAGACAUCGUGCCCAUCCGUACUUAUGACGAUAUUCU